AACAAUGGUCACCGCCCGCCGGCGCUGGCCACGUGACCGGCCGGAAGCCGAGACUACAACGCCCGAAAGCCUUUGCGGCGCGGAUCGGCCGGGCGGGCGCUCGCUGCUGCCCUUGGGCACCCGUCAUGGCUUCCUCGCGGGUCUUCCCCGUCGUCAGGUUCUUCGUCAAAGGCAGCCUGGCUGGAGGUGCCAUGUACGUGGCAUAUGAUCAGGGGCUUCUGGGAAAUGGCAGUCAAGGAGCAGAGGCCCUCAAAAAGGCUCGAGCAGCACUGCCUCCAGCUAUACAGGAAUGGACAGAUUACACAGGCUGGGAGCUUCCAUCCGCUCCAAAAUUUGACUUUUCUGUCUCUGAAUCCUGGAACACAGGAGUUCAGGCCACUGUGUCUGCUCUAUCUGUGGCUCCCACCAAGGUCCGUGAAUACACCCAUGAUGGCUGGAAGUACAUGAAGGACCUCAUCAAAUGAACUCUCUCUCUCUCUCCAGCCUUUGCUGUUUCCUCCAUGCUACAGUCUCAGGGAUGAGAUGUAGUACGCACCACUAGAGGGCAGCGCAGCCAUGCAAAGGCUCCAAUAAAAGACUCUGGAAUUUC